AGUUGGUUCAUUUUGCACUUUGAACCUCGAGCUGUUGCUCUUGGUUUGAUCCUCCUUCUCUUCAGCAUCAGAGGAAGUUGCAAAUAUGGCAAACACCGACCAAGAAAUUGCUCCAUUUAUUGAAAAAAGCCAGCAACCCCAAGAUUUGGCAAUUGAUAUCCCUGAAGAAGACUUAGAGCCUGCGCCUGAGUGUUGUAUUUACAAAGUCCCUAGACGUUUUCGUGAAGCAAAAGAAAAUGCCUACACUCCAACUUUGAUUUCAAUAGGACCUCUUCAUCGUGGUAAGACAAAUUUGGGUCGAAUGGAGUCCCAAAAGCAGAGAUAUUACAAAAAAUUUUGUCAAAGGACUUCCAAGAAGACAUUGGAAGAAUUUGUGAGCUUCAUCCAAGAGCAUUUAAAUCGUAUAUGCAAGUGUUAUCAAGUCCAAUUUGUCUUUAGGACUGAGUCGGAGGCUUCCAAGUUUACGGAGAUGAUACUAUAUGAUGCAGUUUUUAUCAUUGAGUACUUCUUGAGGAACUUUGAAAGAGAAGUCAACGACUUCUUAUUCCAUAGAGAAUGGUUAAGUGUUGAACUUCAAACGGAUUUAAUGUUACUUGAAAAUCAACUCCCGUUCUUUCUCCUUGAAGAUCUAUAUAACCUAGCUUUCGCUACUUCUGAUAAACCCUCUUUUCUCCAUCUUGCUCGCCUGUACUUCAAAGUCGAUGAAGACCAAACAUUAGACCAAAAGGGGAUUAAACACUUCACAGAUUUGAUUAGACGCCAUCAAGUGAGAACUCACCCUUCAAACUUGGUUGAGAAAACCAACAACAGAUACAGUGCAACGAUGUUGCGUGCUGUUGGUGUUCGGUUUAAAGCUGUAGACGACUGCUUGCUUAAUGUCAAAUUUGAGGAGGGAGUGCUAAAAAUCCCAUCUUUUCGUGUGGAGUAUGAAACUGAGACUGUUUUUAGAAACCUAAUAGCCUUCGAGCAAUGUCACUAUCCAAGUGAGGCCUAUUUUUGUGGUUAUAUUCAACUACUGGAUUCUCUUGUUGAUGUCGCUGAAGAUGUAAAUUUACUGAUUAAAAUGGGGAUUAUUUCUCAUAGAAUGGGGAGCGGUGCAGCUGUGGCAAAUAUGAUUAAUAAUCUUAUGGUGGGAGUUACAAGUUUGUGCUAUUAUACAAUCGGAGAGGAUCUAAAACAGUAUUAUCGAGAUCCUCUUAACCAGAUUGGAGCAAAAAUAUCCCAUGCUGUUGAAAAUCCUUUGAAAGUGGCAUCGAUUUAUUUUGGGAUUUUCACUAUCAUACAAACUAUAGUGGCAAUCUUGGAUCGAGUAAAGCCCGUAAAAUAAAUUCGUUCCUUAAUUGUAGGUUUUCAUUUCAUCUUUUUAUGUGUGUUA